UACAAUGACAUUCUAGUUCAAUUACAUUUAACCAAAUUUUGUUUAUAUUCAGACUUCCAAAACAUCAACUUUACAAUGUAUAAUAAUAAUAAUAAUUUGCCAAAACAUGUUUUAAAAAAGAAAGAAAGAAAAAGCACUCGUUCUUCCUAUUGUGCUGUUCUGCAUCUAUUCCUGCAGGUGGCGACAUUUCCAACGCCCUCAGAGCAGAAGAAGAAUUCUUGUUUCCUCCCCCCCUCCUCCCCUCUUCGUCCCAGUCCUUUCAAAAUGGCGGCUGCCAGGAGGCUGAAACGUGUCGCGGUUUCUCAGCCCGGUUUUUUAGGCUUGAAAUCUAACGUCAAGCCCUCGGAGCUGGUCAGCAGCCGAAGAAAACGCGUCAACAAGAACAAGAAAAAAAACUGGAACAGACACAGUGACAUCCAUGACGUGGAGGACUUUUUGGAAGACAUCAGACAUCAGGAGAGGACGACAGGGGGUCUACUGUCUGAGAAGCCAGAUGACAGCUUGUUCUUUUUGGACGUUGGUCAGACGGAUAAAGCUGGAAAUGAAGAAGCAGAACCCGUCAAAGCGGAAAAGGGGAAACGAAGAGUUCAGCGCCCUCUUAGGAUAGACCUGAUCCUUCAGCACGACUCCAUGGUUCCGGCCCCUAAAAACGUGACGGCCUACCAGCAGCCAAACGCCAAGAAGCUCCGCCGGAUCGCACAGAAGGCAGAGCAGCUGGCGGCUAAAGGUGUGUUACCACGGCGACAGAGACGUCUGCUGAGCAGGCGGCCCGCAGAGAAGACGGUGAAGAAGGCGGAGGCCAACAACAACCCCGACAGAGACUUCUACGCCAUGUGGGGAGAAGAAAAAGUGACCGACUCGGCUGAUCCCUGGUAUCUCCAGCAGACGGGGAAGAAGCUGGUUCAGCGUCCAGAGAAGCUGAACCAGAAACCGUCUGUGCUCCCAGCUGUGGAGGUCAUUGCUCCUGGGGGGUCUUACAACCCAGACUUCCUGUCCCACCAGGCGCUGCUCCAGGAGGCCCACGAUGUGGAGGUCCAGAAGCAAAAACAAGAAGACAAACUCCAGAGACAGCUGGCUUUCCGAAAAGAGGACAGAGCCACAGAGGAGACGAUCCUUCACGAAGAAGUUGAAGGCUUGGUAGAAGAUGAGGAUGAGGACGAGGCAGCCGCUCCUAACGAGGAUGAAGCUAACUCAGCACUGGGUGCCAUAGCUGUGGCUGCGAAGAAGACAGAGAGGCAGAGAAAGAAGGAGAAAGCAGAAAAAAUGAAGACGCAGCAGCAGCAGGCCAGCAGACGGCAGACGGAGCGGCAGCAGCAGCUCUUUCAGCUCCGCUCCAUAAAGAGCUCCAUCAAACAGCAGGAGCUGCAGACCAAAGCCAGACGGAUGAAGAGGAAGGCCAGACAGGAGGCCCAGAAGGCUCUGCCCAGACGGCUCGGCAGACUCAAGUUCCAGGCCCAGGACCUGGAGGUCCAGCUGAGUGAUGAACUGGCUGCAUCCCUGAGACAACUUAAGCCAGAGGGCAGCGUUCUCAAGGACCGCUUCAAGAGUCUGCAGAAGAGGAACCUCAUUGAACCCAGAGAAAGGGCCAAGUUCAAGAGAAGACUCAAGGUCAAAUACGUGGAGAAAAGAGCCUUUCGACAAAUCACAUGACUCUGUCAAAAUAAUGUCAAUAAAAUCUCAUCAACAGAA